CUUGAAUUAAAAUUUUGUCAGGUUUGAGCCUCAGUUACUGCCCACAGUCGCCACAGAUAGACCUCCAGUACCAGUCACACACGUGACACUCGCAAUCGCAAAGUCGCAAGCGGAUCGCAAACUCGCAAUCAAGGCUGCUCCCCUCCGUCUCCGUGUUCGCCACUCGGUUCACCGCCCGCCGCCGCCGAGACCUCCUCCUCGCCGGCUACUCCUGACCCCACAAAGGCAGCGCUCGGAGGUGGCCCUCUGUCGGGUGGAGUGGUGGACACAUCCGCGCCCAUGGCCAACGGCGGCGCUGCGGCCGGCAAGCUCACCGUCGCCGAGACCUUCUCCAACCUCAGGGAGCAAGGCAAGAGUGCAUUCAUCCCGUUCAUAACUGCUGGUGAUCCUGACCUGGUAACCACAUCGAAAGCAUUGAAGAUUCUCAAUUCCUGCGGUUCGGAUGUUAUAGAGGUUGGCGUACCAUACUCGGAUCCACUGGCUGAUGGGCCAGUUAUUCAGGCUUCUGCAACACGGGCGCUUAAGAAAGGCACUACACUUGAUUCUGUCAUAGAGAUGCUGAAGGGGGUUACACCUGAGCUUUCUUGCCCCAUUGUUCUUUUCACAUACUAUAAUCCAAUUCUGAAACGUGGUGUGGGAAACUUCAUGUCUACUAUCAAACAAGCUGGCAUACAUGGACUUGUAGUGCCUGAUCUUCCUUUGGAGGAGACAGCGUUGCUGAGGAGCGAGGCCAUUAUGCACAACAUAGAGCUGGUGCUGCUUACAACGCCAACCACGCCGACAGAUCGGAUGAAGGGAAUUGCACAAGCUUCAGAAGGAUUUCUCUAUCUUGUGAGCGCUGUAGGGGUUACAGGUGCACGCUCAAAUGUAAACUUACGUGUAGAACACCUUCUUAGGGAGAUCAAGAAGGUUACAGACAAACCGGUAGCUGUUGGUUUCGGUGUAUCGACUCCAGAGCAUGUGAAACAGAUCGUGGGCUGGGGAGCGGACGGUGUGAUUGUUGGCAGUGCGAUUGUGAAGCAGUUGUGUGAGGCUGCUACUCCUGAAGAGGGUCUGGAAAGGCUCGAGGAGUACGCCAGGAGUAUGAAGGCUGCUAUGCCGUGAGCUGAUCUCACUCCCCGUCACAGGCAAGCUGGUGUCCAUGGAUGCGGGCAGAGCAGUGUCUGAUUGGCUGCACUGAAAAUGACAUUACCUUCAGACAAUUCGCCUUGCUCUCUUCUGGUUCUGGAGUACUACUUUCGAGGUCCGUCAGACUGGGUCACAAGAUGAUCCCAAACGGCCCCAGAUGCUGGAUUUUUGGACAACGGAAAGUCGAUUCUGACCUCUGUUAAUGUCGGCACUCAUGGGUCAUGACCAAGCCAUGUUUAUGGUCAAAUCAGUCCCGGAUGCUAACACGCUUCUCUAAUCUCUACCUACGGAGACGACUUUUUCCGGUGCUUAUCGUAUCAUUAUCAUGCAUGUUACUGGUAGUAACAUGUUGUCUGAACAGAUUCUUUAGCUCUGUCAUGGCAGCAUGAAGUGUAUCUGGAUGCGAAGAAGCAGUGUUGGUAUUGAACUGUCCAUGUACGAGUUGUUUGUUGCUGUGC